AUGGCUCCUUCAGCUGAGCCGGCGGCCGAGUUGUCUCACCUGCCCAAGGCAGACGGCUCUGCAACUUUUUCGCACUCGGGCUUCACCGUCACCUCUGCCGUCAACGGGCCCAUCGAAGCCCCGAGGCGCGACGAGAACGCUUUCGAGGCUCUUGUCGAUGUCACCGUACGGCCGGCCGCGGGCGUUGGAGGUACGGCCGAGAGGCAGCUUGAGUCCAUCUUACAGCCAGCCCUUCGACAGCUCAUCCCCGUCCGCAACUUCCCCAGAUGCAUGAUCCAGGUCACCCUCCAGGUCAUGGAGAUGCCAGAGAAUGCCUACGUUAAUACGAAGCUGCUUCAGGCCCAACUGAACCUGCCCAUCAUCCCGGCUUUGCUACACGCUUCAAUCUUGGGCCUCAUGAGUGCAGCCAUCCCGCUCAAGACGAUUGCUACGGCCACGACACUUGCCAUGGGGGUAGACGGCAAGGACGGCAUUCUCGUCGACCCGAGCCUGGCCGAGGCAGACAAGGCCCGGUCCAUCCAUGUGCUUGGUUUCACCUCGGACGAUGAGCUUCUCUUGGCGGAGUGCUCCGGCUCAUUCACGGUCCAGGAGUGGGACAAGAUUCUCGAGGCUGGGCGGUCUGUAUGCUGCCAAGGCCCCGACCUGGGCCCCGACACUGCCAUGGCUGCCGGUGGGUUGGAGUCGCAGAGCAUCAAGGCAUUCAUCCGAUCCACCAUGGAAACCAAGGUGUCGACAGGGCUGUACUGGAAAUGA